AUGGUUGUGGAGACCUUAGAAAAAAAUAGCAAUCACAACAUUGGGCUACCAGACAAAAUACAUGACCAAGAAGGAAACUCCAAAAUGGUGAACGGUGAAGAAUCAAAUGUAGUUAAAGAAGCGCUCUUGUCCACUGAAAACGAACCGGGUAGUGAUACCCCCCAAAAGCAACACACUACGCUUAUCAGGAAUAAAAGAAAAACUAACUUGAAAAAAAUUAAUGAGGACGAAAGUGAAGUUAAGAAGGAUAUGGAGGAAAUCUGCAAGGAAGAAAUGAAAGAAAUGGUUGUCGCAGAGUUGCCAGAAAGGGAGGCAUCCGCAGGGAAGUGGGAUAGACGAGGUGUGCAAUUGAAGCGUGAAGAGCAAGUCGAGAAGAAAGGAAGGAGACAAACAGACAGACUAACAGAUCAGCCUGUCGAUACUCAGGGCGUUCCCAAUGCAACCAACUCAGAACAUUACCAAGAAGACCUCUCGAAUCAAAGCCCCCUCAGUUGCAGCAGCGCUACUACUGUAGACCAAUCGAACAGCAGAACUUACAUGAGAAAAGAAUCGACGAAAUUGAUCAUUUCUUCAAAUGAGAAGGCUUCACGAGGAGAAAAAAGGGACGUGCAAAAUCAGGUGUUUUGCCACCAUGAUGAGAAGGAAGAAAAUUGUAUCCUUAGAAAUAAUAAUUUUUUUAAAUUUCCAGGUAGGGAAAGGAAUAUCGUCGUAGAAAGUAACAAUAAUGGGAAUUACAUCGAAAGAUAUACGACUGGUUCCGCGAACAACAUGGAUAGGAAGAAAAGCAGAACUAUAGAAAAUGGAGAAAAUAAUCCUCCGUAUGUUAGAAGACCCCAUUUAGAGCUAAACUUCUUUAACCAGAGAAUUAUCAAAAAUAGCAACAUCCCCAGUUUUGAUAAGUACUGUGCGUGUGAAAAGAACUGUGCGGAUCAUAUUGACGGGAGGAAUAUGUAUCACGCUAAUGGAAAUCCAGGAACGAACAUUGUCUUCAAUGGUGUUAAUAGCCAUGCAAUCAAUAGCAGCAGCUGUAACAAUUUUGCUUAUGUAAAUGUAAUACCCUCCACAAAUGGAUUAAGGAACAAUCACUCCCAUCAGCAGCCGAAGGAGCAGGUCGAAUAUGAAGAGGAGCAAUUGGACAUGAAUUCGAAGAAAGCACAGACACACAUUCCGUUUAUUUCAUCAAAUGGACAAUCUCAAAGCGACCUCCGUAUGAACACUGCUAAUGUGGAACAGCACCAUGUAGUGCCCCCUUAUGUGCAUCCCCUGGGUAAUAAAGAACAAGGCAUAAGAAUUGGAACUUAUCCAAAGGAUCGCUACUAUAACAAAGGGAAAGAAAAGAUACAGGACCAGUAUUACAGAAUAAAGCUGUGUCCAUUUUUAAAAAAAGGGCUGUGUCAAAAAGGAGACAACUGCUCAUAUGCACACUCAGCUGAUACUUUACGAAGUUGUAUGAAUUUAAUGAAGACUAAAAUUUGCCAGAUGUGGUUGAAAAAUGAAUGCAGAAAUCCUAAUUGUGUAUAUGCUCAUGGAGAGGGAGAAUUGAGGGCAACGCCGGAUUACUUUAAAACAAAGUUAUGUAAAUAUUUUGACAAGGAAGGUACAUGUCCUUCUGGAGACAGAUGUAGACAUGCACAUGGGCAGGCAGAAUUGAGACAAAGAAACUAUAGAAAAACGGAAUUUGAAAAAUUUUCUCCAAAAAAUAAGGUCAGCGCAAAAUUCACAUUUCAUGGCUUCAAGAAUAGGGGUGAAUGCCCGCAGUACAUUUUCAACAUGUUCAGUGGAAGAAGCAGAAGGAAGGAGAAUAUCGACAGGAGUGAAUGGAACAAUUCCAAUGAAACGAACGACCACAACGGAUUCAGCAACGUAAGUAGGUACUAUAUGCCCACCCAGAGUGAUGAAAACUCAAAUGCACAAAUGUCAUCUGGAUAUAAGAGAGGUACCCUUCCCGACCAAAUGUGUAGACCAGAAAAAAGAGAAAGUAUGAACGGAAAUACCCAGGUCUGUCCUGUCAGUGAUUCUCAGUGUUGCCAAAAUCAGGAGAAAGAAAUUCAUGCCAUAUUCACCGUUUUCCAGAAGGAGGAAAAGUCAGAUGGGGAAAAGAACAGCAAUGUUAGCAGUGUAAACGUGUGCAGUGCGAAUUAUUCCUAUCAGAGAGAAGCUCCAAGGGAGGAACAAAUUUUCAGGACCGACUCGAAAGAGGAGGAAGACAAGGAGAAUGCAUCCCACGCGGGCACACCACAUUUACAUCACGCAGUUUCGGGAACAACCAGUAGUAUCAGCUUGGAGUGUGAUAGAAAUGGAAAGAAGGAACAGAAGGAUGAAGUAGUCGAAGUUGGCAUGGGAAACGGUACAAGAAACAGCGCAAGUGAGGCAAGCAAACCAGAACAGAGGGCGGAAAACCAAAAGGAAAGAAAAGGUAGAUCGUCGUCUGAUGAGCCCCUUUCGGAGAGGAAUCAAAAAUUGGCUGACAGAAGAAAAAACGUAGAAAUGGAGGAUGAAAAAAUCGAGUUGGGCCAGAAUGAGGAACAGCAUCCUGUUGGAAAAGCAUCGCAUAGUGGUCAUAUGAAUGAUGGUCCUUCGAAUGAUGGUGAUUACAAAAUGUUGACGGAAUCAGCGAGUGGGUGGGAAAAGAAGGAUGGAAUUUUCGAUGAAAAUCUGGAUCACAGCAUAGAGUACAUGUCCAGUGGGCAAAGUAGCAGCCAGUACAUGUCUAUUGAGAGAAGUAGCAAUGAGGAAGAGGGUCUAUCGUGUGGGAAUAACAGUCCAAAUGAAUCCUAUGUAGGGGGUAACCAGAACUACCAGGGAGAAAGUUGCGGGCAAGGAGAGGACGAAAACAAUGGCCAAAUGGGGGAUGAAAGUGAAGGGCUUUCCCUUCUUGAAGUAGAAAUAAAAAGGGAACACGAUAAUAAGUAUGAAAGUGUUCAGAUAGGGAAUGUCUAUAUAGAAGAAUACCCGGAGGCAAGGCGAAGUGAGACACGACGCAGCUUUGAAGGGGAUAAAAACGAUAACGGCAAUGUGGACUGUGAAGAUAAUGGCCAUCAGUAUGUAGAUGAGAAUGAGAAUAGGAGAGGGGGCAACGAAAAACAAAGAGACUGCAACCAGGAUCAACGAUACCCAAGGUCAAAUGAACACAAGUUCAUUGGAAACACGAAUGAAAUAGAUAAUUGUUCGAAGAAGGUGAUCACUGGAGAAAACUUCAUCCAGAGACGCUACGUAAAUAAUUGCCCAAGGGGAGGAGACAGACAUGGCUCAUUCAGAAAUUUCAAGGACAAUGGAAAUGACAUCCAGAGGAACUUCAUUUUUAUGCUGAAGAAUCAGUACAGAAAGGAUAACGACGGAAAGAAGAAUUUACACCUGGGAAAAUUAGCUAGCUGCCCCAUGGAUCGCGCAUCUAUCAACUAUGGCUCGAAGAAUUUUAAUUAUAAGUAUAAGAAAUUUAGCACGGCAAGUAGGUACACAAAGAAUUUUGAGGUUUUGGACCACCACGAGAGCGUCGCAAACGUAGGAUCUUAUGGAAGCUGUGACAAAGACGAUUUGAACAACGGUGAGGAUCUAAUAAACAAGGAGGGCACACAUAAUGGAGGCGUUCUCGACGGUAAUGGCUGGGGAAGCGGCAACCUCCCAGAGACAAGAGUGAAAAGGAUGAGCGCACACGGAGAACACCAGAAACUUAGCAACCACAACAAACAUAAGGAUGGCAACAGAAAUGCAGAUCACGACGAACCAAAAGAACGGAUGACGAACGAUAGAGUAAAAACAAGUGGAGAAGGCAAGAAUUGCAAUGACUCUCCACAUAGGAAUUUCGCCUGCAAAGGUCAACACCGCUCAUUUAACAAUCCAUACAGUACAUAUGAACAUAACUCAUCAAAUGAGCAUUUUGAAAACACAGUCAGAUGUACCCAUACAAACAACAACCUAGUGAAUAAUUCACUCCACAUGCAGAAUGCCCUACCUAGACCUAAAGAAACUUACAGCGAUGUUUGCAACAGUGGUGUCCAUAGAACAAAGCAGAACUAUUAUAAGAGCAACGGAAGUACAAGUAACGAUAUGUUGUAUGCUGCUCCCGCAUAUCCCUUGAACACGCAGGUGAACAACCUUAGUUAUUACAACUACAACGUAAGCAAUAUUCGCUCGAACAGAAACAAUUGCUAUAAUUAUUUGAAUGUGGAGAUGAACAGCGUGAACAUGGCUAGCCCGACGCGCGUCCUGCCCGCGGAUUUGUCCAUUUCUUUGGAAGGUGGAGGCACAAGCGAGGAAGCACGUAGAACGACAAACAUGACUGAUACGCCCAACUCUCGUAACAACCGAGCACAUAGCAGAUCUUCCAAAUCGUAUCCAUGCUCGAAUCAACACAGGAAAAGAAUUAUUAAUAUUCAAAAUAUGGCAAGUAAUGGGGUUAACAUGCACUUGAGUGGGAACCAAUCUCCUAACAUGCAAGGGAACCAUAACAGACAAGCGAGAAAUUGCACCUCGUCUAAUGUCGUAGUGGGUUGCAACCACCACAGAAGCUUUGCCACACAAACAAAUACGAACGAUAACUGUGUGCAUAAUGGGAACAGUGGAUCUUCGUCCGCAUCCAACAUGAUACAUAAUGACACAUCUGAUCCACCUCUUUGUUCAUUUAUGGAAAACAAAAAUAGUGGGUACUACGUUAGGAACGAAAACGAUAUGAGCGGUCAUAACAGUGGUAUAAGUCCAGAGGGAGGUGAAAACCAAAAUGGUGGUAGCGGCUCCAAAGGGAAAAACCCACACAUACAGGAAAUGGAAGUUUCUCAAAACGGAGGAAGGGAAAAAAGAAAAAGGACCCCCCACCUGGCCUACAGUACACAGAGAAAUUAUGGAAAGAGAACUAACAAUUCUCAUUUUAAAAACUACAGAAAUUACAAUAACCACAUUUAUACGAAUCAGAUGUAUACCAACCAGGUGUAUACGAACCAGGUUUACACUAAUGACGUUUAUGCGCACCAUCCACCUUAUGGCUCCAAUCAGGCUUACUAUAGCAACCAGGUUUACACGUAUCAGCACCCGUAUAGCAACUACAUGUACAGUAGUGACGAUCGCGCGUCUACCAAUAACGGACACAAGUACAGCUGUAGUAGCUACCCCCACAACAGCUAUAGUAACUACCCCCACAGCAGCUGCAGUAGCGCGUACCUUAUAUACCCCUAUAGUAGCUACCCCUACAGCAACAACUACCCUUACGACGAUCUAUACCCUUAUGAUGGCGCAUACCCCUAUGGUGACGCAUACCCCCAUGAUGUCAUUCUGCCCUAUAACAGUGUGAACCCCUACCUAGCCAACUCCCAUUGUGAUAUGGUCCAACCGUAUGGCUCAGCCUCCCAUUAUAGCAGAAACCAUUACUAUGGCCAUGUGGAACAGUUUAGCGGUGCCCAAUUUUAUGGAGGCAUCCAAAUGUAUAACAGCGGACAGGUCUAUAUUGACGCCCAACAGUAUGGAGACGCAGAUCAAUGUGCCAACGUCCAACUGUAUGGCGGAGACCACCACUAUAAUGGUAAUCGAAGCGGUGUGUACAACGGAAGCUACACUAAUGACCAUAGCUACGUCUACAAUCAGUACCCUUACAAUGCCAUCAUAAAUUAUGGCCCCCCUUACAACAUCAACAAUACGGAAGAGGAACAAAAUGGUAAUCGUGCACCGCUCAGGGAUAACCUCUUGGACAGCGAAGAGUACGAAAAUAGGUCUAACGGAGAUGAGAACAAUGCAAAUGACACGUGCCAGGAUGAAUAUGCAUUCGAUGAUCUUACAAAAAGCGCAUCAACAGAAGAUGGAGAAGAAGUAGAGGGAGUUGAGGUACCUCAGUAG